UAGAGGAUUAAAACCGCCGCAGUACCCGUGAGCAUCUUAGCCGACGUUUCCCCCCUUCUCGCGUCGGCUCCGUCUGUCUGUCUCUCUCUCUCUCUCACACACACACACACGCACGCACGCACGCAGAGUUCGGAGGCUCCGACGCCUCGAUUUCCUGCCGCCUGGAUUUGGAAUCGAUGAAUUACUAAUGCUCCAGUCAGAUCGUUGUCAAAGUCCAGUUCCCGAGCGUCGGAUCCGCUGAUCUAGGUAAUUUUGCUUGCGAAUCCCCAAAUCUGGAUUUUGUGAGGCCUGGUCGUGGAAGUGGCGAUUGAUCGAGAAAGCGAAAGCUUUGAGGUUGUCUGAUGAUAAAAAGCUCCCUUUUCGGGACAUCUGAAGCCUUCUCGGGGUCAUUUGGGAACAGGGACGGGUGAUCGAAGCGUCCGGAGAUGCAGGCAGAUCGGGUCCGAAGGACCUCUCACCUCUUCUCGGAUGAUUUGCUGGAUACGGCUGCUACGAUCCCCAUAUCCUCGUCCGCGACUUCUUUAGCUUCGUCGUCUUCUUCAGAUUCCCUUCCCAGAGUUAACUAUAUCGAGCAUCGCGUGUCGAAGAUGGACACGCUUCCUGGUGUUGCCAUAAAGUAUGGCGUCGAGGUAGCAGACAUCAAGCGACUGAAUGGCUUGACAACAGAUAUUCAGAUGUUUGCUCGUAAAACAUUGCAGAUUCCUCUACCAGGGAGGCAUCCUCCAUCACCUUGUCUUUCAAAUGGUUCAUUUGCUAAUGGAAGUUAUUCCAGACAACAUACUUCACCGCAUCGGCCUAGUAAUAAUGUGUUGGAUUUGUUCCAUUCGCUCGAGCUGAAAACCCCUCCAAGUAAGGUUUCCCCAGCAAUGAGCAGCUUACAAGCAUACUAUGGUCUCACACCACCUAAAAAGGGUGCAGAUACUGCAGAGACAGAGAUGGCAGUGUAUAGAAAAGGUUGCUGCUUGGCUGACGAACUUAAAGAGCCACCGUUUUCUGACCCACUUCCAGGUCGGCAUCGGAAAUCUAUAUGUUUGGCUAAUGGCUUUCCACUGGGAAAUGGCGAGAUCACAAAGGGAAAAAAUAUUUUAGAGACUGCAGAUAACAAUGAGAGCGAGAAACCUAUCCGGAGGCGUCAAAAGAAUGAUGCAAGCCCAUCUUUAGGUGCGACAGAAUUGUUGUUGGAGGAUAAUAGUAGUGAUUUAAUCUCAGUAAGGAAAGGAAAAGGCCUAGCAAUGAGACCAAAACUGGGGAGCCGCACCGAUAUGGAUAUGGGUCAUCCAAAAGCUAGUCCUCAUGGAGACUCUGUCAUGACUGAUGGGUUUGUUUCAGUUAGGAAAUCAUCGAGCACAUCAAGCUUGCAGGACUCAGAGGACCACUCGUCCAUCUGGCUAACUAGCAAAUGGACUUUGAAUCCUGAACUUCUUGCUAGGCCACUAUUCGAUGGCUUGCCAAAGCCGAUAAUUGUACGGAAGAACAAAGCUGCUCUCGAUUAAUGUUUUGUUUCUUUAGUUUAGUUCAAUCUUAUCAGUAUAACCAUCAUCUAACCUGGCAGCAGAUCAAGUUCUAUCUGCAGACCUUCAAUAAAAACAAGGCUUUUGUAGUAGGCAUACAGAGUAAAUGAAGCAAAGGAAGCUGCACUCGUCGAGGUUGCACUCUUAGGUUUGAUGUCGGGGCUGGAUAUUUACUAGCUGCAAUUCUUUGUGGUCAUCCUUAUCAACAUUCAUAUAUUGUUUAUUAGAGUAUUGCCAGAGUAUUGCCAGAGCUAUUCUUUUGUAUAAGCAUGUACUUGAAGAGGGUAUAUCAGAUGUUUUAUGUUUUUCUUUCCUAACAAUUGCUAUGAAAUAGACAUUAUUUCUAGACUGAGCCAUGUUUUUUCUUGGAGGCA